CCCUGAAAGUUUAUGCAUCUAAAGUAGGUGGUUACUGAGUGGGUGUCACGUAUUAAAGCGUAGUAGAGUAUUAUAAAAAUUGAAAACAACUCAUCUCAAAAAUCUAUUUUGACCUGUGCCCUUAACUGAGGCGUGCGAAGAGGCAAACAAUGUCUUGUCGAGAUCCCAAUGAUACACUGCCACCUGAAGAAACCGAAUUUCAACAAUUAGUGCUUCGAAUUGGGGGUAAGGAAAGGAUCAAUUUGGUAAGUGAUUCCUUUAAAACUAAUGACGAGGAUGAUGCUGGAAUAAUGCACGAGUUUGUCCAUGACAUGUUUUUUGGACAGCGCACUGGGCACAACGUGAGCUCUGCCAACAAGAACACAAACGGUCAGGUUCAUCCUUCUCCAACAAGUGGCAUUGCAAACGAAAAAAACGUGUUGUGCGAUACUGAUAUCAACAUUAAGACUUCGCCUCAAGAAAAUAAAACACCUCUGUCAACGACGCCAAAGGAUUUGGAACUGAGUGCCAAGCCUGUGGGGGAGGAAAAAACAAACGAGCCACUCCGUGAGGACGUAGAAAAAAGCACUAGAACAUCAAGUAUAAACAGUUGCGGCCUAAAGCGAACAAUAGACUCUCCUAUCAUAAUAUUUAUUUUCAGCCAAGAGUUUUUAAGUAUAAGUUCAAACGAAAUCUGCCUGAAAGAAAUUCUGAAGGACGUUAGGGCACGUACGAAACGUGUCAGUGUCCGCCCGGCCCUGAUCGGGUUAAUAAGAUCAGUAGUGGAGAGUGAAGAGACGCGUGAAUCUAUGGGAUUUCUCGAGCGCGCACUUCGUUCCGUGUUUCGGAAGCAUGCAUCUGAAGCAAUCUGGGUCGGGAUCUUUAUUCCCAAAUCGGAGCAGAGGAUGUUGACCAUCAAGACAAAUGCUUGCAGAGUUUUUAAUUCAUCUCAAACUUCAGAUAAUAGGCCUACUGGGAAUAGCGGCAACAGGAUUCACUGGCAAUUCCAAUGUUUGCCUUGGACUGGCAGAGGAAGACAUGGAGGCCCAGCCAGCACCCCAAGCAACAGGCAACAAGGUGACACAGGAAUUCAAGAGGAAGGAAUCCCACUGAAGACCAAUGUCCUUUCAAGUGGAACUCACACAGGCAGUGGGGGAGCAGGGAAGGACACUCUUCAGUCAUGAGAUCCUUUUCUGUUGACAGUACUCCCACUGUUAAACUAACAUAAGUCAACCCUGGGCAUCAUUCUUUGGUUCCAGAUUAGGUCAGUUAUCUGACAUGUCAUGUGACAGACACAUUGGCUUGAAUGCAUAUGAUCCAGCACAUUUCAGUUGAUUAGUAAAGUCUAUAACAUAAGGAAGUUUAGAUGACAACUAACUCAUUAGUCAGACAAUAUACAUUGUUUAGUCUGGCACAUUCCUUUUUAAUUUGUAAUUUUAAAGAAAUACACUGACAAAAAGGAACCUCUAAGGGGAAUAUGUACAGUAUUAAAUUCUGUUGUUAAAAUAUUUUUUAAUACUGUUGUAACAUAAGCUAAGUGAUAUAAUACACACUUGUUUAAGGUAGCCUGAAUUCAUCAAAUGGUAACCUAAUUAGGAAGUUAUCAAAUCAUUAUUUUGAUGUAACACAACUUUUGUUCAGGAAGUGGAGAUUGUAAUAGUGAGCCUUUGUCCGGUACAUUAGUGGGUGUUGCACUUGAAUUGAAGUCUAAGAAAUCUAGAGACCACUGACUGUGAAAUGUGUGUGUACCUUAGAAGAACAAUUCAAACAAUUGCACUAAUAGUAAACAAAUAAAAUCUAUACUUGACUUUCUAAACCUUUAAGCAGUGUUAAAUGAUUUGAGUUUUAGAUAUAUUACAGAAUACUACAGGCCUACUAAUAAUGAAAUAAACACUUUUUUUACUCAA